AUGGUUAAGCUCAACGCCAUUGCCGCCCUCGCCGCCUCGCUCGCCGCCGUUUCGGCGCAAACCUACCAGCGCCUGGGCACAUGUCCCACGCUCGGUUGUGUUCUCCCCCCGGACCAGAGUGACUUCCUCCCGGGCCAGCUCUUCGACCUCCGUGUCGAGGUCCACGCUCCCGUCAACGGCUCCGAGGCUGCUCAUGAUGGCAAGCCCGACCAGAAGUUCAAGGUGACCAUCGCCAAGAAGGGCGAGAAGGCCAAGGAUUUCGCAAAGGCCUUUGACAUCAAGGAGCCCAAGGUCGAGACCUGGAAGUUCAAGUGGUUCGAGGAUCUCUUUGCCGAGGACGCUGACAAGCCUAGCAUUGUCAACGUUGCGUCCAAGGUUUACCGCAAGAUCUCCCUCAAUGAGCCCGGCACAUACACCGUUACGCUGCACUACUACAACGGCGAGAAGACCACCGCCGAGUGGACCGUUCGCGAGCUUCAGCCCAAGCGAAAGGCCAAGAACGUCAUCUUCUUCAUCGGUGAUGGCAUGACCACUAAUAUGAUCACUGCUGCCCGUCUCUUGGGGCACAAGAGCAUCAACGGAAAGUACCAGACUCUUAUGAAGCUGGACGAGUUCCCCGUCCUCGGUCACCAGAUGACCCACUCGAUCGACAGCUACAUCACCGACUCUGCCAACUCAGCCUCUGCUCUGUACAGUGGUCACAAGAGCACUGUCAAUGCCAUGGGUGUUUACGCCGACUCUUCUCCUGAUCCUUUUGACGACCCCAAGGUUGAGACCAUUGUUGAGAUCUUCAAGCGUAUCUGGGGUGGUGCUUGGGGUGCUGUUUCUACCGCCUACCUUGCCGAUGCUACUCCUAUUGCUCUCACUGGCCACACCCGUGCUCGAGGCCUGUACGGUCCUCUUAUCGACCAGGCUCUGAACGGCAACAGCAACUACAGCUGGACCAAGCACGAGGGCCCCGAUGUUUUCUUCGGCGGUGGUGCCGAGAACUUCCUUCCCAAGGGCUCUUACCAGGGCAAGGACUACUACAAGGAGUUCCAGAAGAAGGGCUACACUGUCUCCCACAACAAGACCUCUCUUCUCAAGGCCGACAAGAGCAAGCGUGCUCUCGGUGUCUUCUGCAAGAGCAACCUGCCCGUCUGGCUCGACCGCAAUAUCUACACAGACAACCUCAAGGACCUCGGCAACGACCCCACCGGUGCUACGGGUGAUGCUAAGGACCUCCCCGGUCUUAAGGACAUGACCCUCAAGGCCAUUGACGUCCUCAGCACCCGUGGCAAGGACAAGGGUUUCUUCCUCAUGUCUGAGGCUGCCUCUAUCGACAAGCAGAUGCACGCCCUUGACUACGACCGUGCUCUGGGAGAUCUUCUCGAGCUUGACGACACUGUCCGUGCUACCAUCGAGAAGCUCAAGAAGCUCGAUAUUCUCGAUGAGACUCUUGUCAUCGUCUCUGCUGACCAUGGACACGGUUUUGAUGUCUGGGGUUCUGCCGACACCGAGUACCUCGCCGAGCAGGAGGACGACCGUGCCAAGCGUCGUGCCAUCGGCACCUACGCCCAGUCCGGCGAGUCCCAGUACACCAAGAAGGCCAAGGGUCUCAACUACGGCACCGGCGCCAACUUCCCCACCAACUGGGAGCCUCGUUACGCCAUUGCCGGUGGUGUCGCUGCCGCCCCUGACCACCGUGAGGACUACAAGGUUCACAAGAACGGUCCCCGCGAGGCCGCCGUCGAGCUCAAGGACGGUGACUACUACGUCAACCCUGAGGAUGCCCCCAAGGGAUUCGUUGUCAACGGCACUAUCAGCACUGAGAACGCCCAGGGUGUUCACUCGCUGACUGACGUGCCCGUCUACGCUCUUGGUCCCUGCCAGGAGACUUUCGGUGGUACAUACAACAACGUCGAUAUCUUCUACAAGAUCUCCAACUGCCUGGGUCUUGCUCGGGCCCAGAAGAACGGCUACUAA